GAAAUGCUCGGUAAGAAGCAAAUUCCUUCAGUUGAAGCAUUCAACGGCCUGAUUCGUACGGCUCGUUCUUUUAAAGAAGCGAAAGUUUAUUUGAAGCAAAUGGUCGUAUUACGAGUGAAACCAACAAUUGCCAUAUUCAACAGUUUGUUGGAAAAAGUUGUUGAGGAUGAAAGGAUGCAAAAACAACAACCAUCUCAAGCGUCAAUGAUUUUACGUGAAGCAAUCGCAGCCCAGUGUGAGCCAUCGUUGCGAACCUUCUCACUGAUUCUAAAAAGUGUUGAAGGCGAUGAAAAACCCGAAAAGGAAUUAGCAUUGGCUUAUCUUGAACAAAUAUUGAGUCAGCUGGAGACUCGUAAGAGUAUAGAAGUUAUCGAGCGUGGUGAUCAGUAUUUCUUUGUGGAUGCAAUGAGUUUGGCAACGUCGGCGAACAAUCGAAGAAUAGCUGAUCGAAUUGAGGCGUUGUAUCAGAACGGAAAGAAUAAUGCGCACUUACCAGCGUUCACCGAUGAAAGCUUAUUCUAUUCUCAAUAUUUGAUGCUUCUGAUCAGACAUCUACCAAUAGAAGAGUUAGACAGUCGAUAUCGAGCGUUAGUGCCUCGAAUAGUUGGUGUUACUCGAGCGCUAACAAUGGCUAUGAUCCGCAAACUUCAGAUUACGCCAAAAUGGUCACUUUUGCGCCGUGUUAUUGAGGAUGGUAUUGCCGCAAGACAUAUGACAGAUAUGAGGAUCAGUUCACAAAUGCGUUCCAUUCUCCUGUCGUUGAAACUUCAAGACUUGUCGGUGGAAGAACGAGAAGAAUGUGCCGAUCUGAUCAGACGUAUGGUUGAUAUUUGGAUUGAAUAUAGCAAUUUUACGACAACACCAAGCGCGUUGCGUCUACAACAGAAACUGACACCAUCUGCUAUAUCAGAAUGCUCAAUGUUGCUGAUAAAAAUUGGUGAUCGCGAACGAGGUUGGGAUCUUCUGAAGAUGCUAUUGAAUGAAGAAGCGCGAUCCGGUGAAACACCUACUGUCACAGAAUUCGGUUAUCCUCAGCCAGCGAUAAUGCGAGCUUUGAUGGAUGAGGCAUUGCAAAACGGUGAUUGGUUCAANGCAAGUAACUGUUUGAAUAUUAUCGCGAUGUAUUCCCCACAAACUCGACUCGAACCUAUUGUUGAGCAAAUCGAGCAACGAUGCAAACUGACGACUCUACAAAAACGAAUUCUCAAUAAUUUCGUUCGAUUGCGACAAUGA